GCAUUUUAACCUUGAUCAUCUAGCUCCUUAAUUAGCUCCCUCUGGUUAGCUCAAGUGUUUUUCUGAGGUGAAAUGGGUAACGCAGAUUAUGAAUGCCCACACCGCGUUGAAAUUCCUCCAGCCAAACCAUUUUUGAAGGCCCUGAAAUCAUCUCUAAAAGAGACUUUCUUUCCUGAUGACCCUUUCAGGCAAUUUAAGAACCAGCCCACGUCUAGAAAACUUGUGCUGGGUUUGCAGCACUUUGUGCCCAUCCUCGAAUGGGCUCCUCGCUACACCUUUGACUUCUUCAAAUCUGAUCUCAUUGCCGGAAUCACCAUUGCCAGUCUUGCAGUUCCUCAAGGGAUAAGCUAUGCAAACUUGGCCAACCUGCCCGCAAUUAUUGGCCUAUAUUCGAGUUUUGUGCCUCCAUUGGUGUAUGCCAUGCUGGGAAGCUCAAAGGAUUUGGCAGUUGGUACCGUGGCGGUUGCAUCGCUUCUCAUAUCUUCUAUGUUGGGGAAGGUGGUUAGCCCUACUGAGAACCCUAAGCUCUAUGUUCAGCUGGCUCUCACAUCAACCUUCUUUGCUGGAGCUUUUCAGGCUUCUCUUGGCCUCUUAAGACUUGGGUUUGUCGUGGACUUUCUGUCUCAUGCAACAAUAGUGGGUUUCAUGGGUGGAGCAGCCACUGUUGUCUGUCUUCAGCAGCUUAAAGGGGUACUUGGGUUGGUUCACUUCACUCAUGAGACUGAUAUUGUAUCUGUCAUGAAAUCUAUCUUUUCCCAAGAGCACCAGUGGAGGUGGGAAAGUGCUGUGCUGGGAUGCUGUUUCCUCUUCUUUCUCCUGCUCACAAGAUACUUUAGCAAGAGAAAACCAGCCUUCUUUUGGAUAAACGCAAUGGCCCCACUGUGCUCAGUGAUCCUGGGAAGCAUUUUGGUUUUUGUAACCCAUGCUGAAAAACAUGGCGUUCAAGUAAUUGGGCACCUUAAGAAAGGGUUGAACCCACCAUCUAUUUCUGAGCUUGCCUUUGGGUCACCAUAUCUUACAACAGCCAUUAAAACUGGGAUAAUCACUGGUGUCAUAGGCCUUGCUGAAGGAGUAGCUGUUGGAAGAAGUUUCGCCGCAUUCAAGAACUACCACAUUGAUGGUAACAAAGAAAUGAUCGCUUUCGGAAUGAUGAACAUUGCAGGCUCUUGCACUUCUUGCUACUUGACUGCCGGACCAUUUUCGAGAAGUGCUGUGAACUUCAAUGCAGGAUGCAAGACUGCCGUGUCGAAUAUUGUAAUGGCAACUGCAGUGAUGUUCACACUGUUGUUCUUGACGCCAUUGUUCCACUACACUCCACUUGUGGUGCUCUCCGCCAUUAUAAUGGCCGCCAUGCUUGGCCUCAUUGAUUAUGAAGCUGUAAUCCACCUCUGGAAAGUAGACAAGGUGGACUGCAUUGUGUGCCUAGGUGCAUAUGUUGGUGUUGUCUUUGGCAGUGUUGAGAUUGGCCUAGUCAUUGCAGUUACAGUUUCCAUGCUAAGGGUGCUGCUAUUUGUAGCUAGGCCAAGGACUUUUACUUUAGGCAACAUUCCAAACUCAUCGAUUUACAGAAGCAUUGAUCAAUACCCAGAUGCAAACAACAUUCCAGGAAUUCUCAUUCUUCAAAUUGAUGCACCCAUCUAUUUUGCCAAUGCAAACUAUUUACGGGAAAGGAUCUCAAGAUGGAUAUAUGAGGAGGAAGACAAGCUAAAAUCUUCUGGAGAAACAAGCUUACACUAUGUUAUACUAGACCUUAGCACUGUAGGCAGCAUUGAUACCAGUGGGAUCAGCAUGCUUGAAGAGGUCAAGAAAAAUGUUGACAUAAAGGGUCUCAAGCUUGUAUUAGCAAACCCUCGAAGCGAGGUGAUUAAGAAGCUUGAGAAAUCCAAGUUCAUCGAGAAAAUUGGUCAGGAAUGGAUUUAUGUUACAGUGGGAGAGGCUGUAUCAGCAUGUAACUUCAUGCUGCACACCUGCAAACCCAAUCCAGGAGAAAUUGAGGUAAACAGAAAAGAUGACAAUGUCUAAUCUGUGAUGAUCAAUCAAGGGGUGAAAGUUUUUGAUACUAAAAUGGGUAUGACCUCAAUUAUAUGUAUGGCAGCCGCCUUUGACAGAAAGAGAACCGCUAUAUAUGUAACUUGAUUGAUUGAUCCACAGGUGGGAGAAAUGAGGGUUUCCUUGCAGAUGAAGGCAUAGCUAGGGAGAUAAUAAGAAUUAAGCUUAUGUAUUAUUAUUACACUAAAUUGAGAUUAUGAAAAAUGUAGAUGAUAUUCGAGGCAUGUGGUUUGUGGA